AGUUUCACUUGAUUCUGUUGGUUUAUACUACCAUUUCUCUCUAACAAUUUUAAUUUACGACAAACAAUCCAAGAAAGAUAGAGAGAGAAGAUUAUUCCUAAAUUUUCUCGAGAAAAUCUAUUUUGAUUUCCACAUGUAUUUUCUCUAGAAAAUCUUACGACCCAAUCAGAUCAAUUCCAAAGGUCAAAUUACAACCACAAUACCUAUUAUCUGAAUCUCUGCAUGUCCACCUCCUUAAAUCAGCUCUCUCUUCUGAAAAAAAAAAUUCUUUCAAUUUUCAAUGUUUUAAUAACUCCUCUGUAUAAUCUGUUUUCCAAUUCUGCAUUUUUGAUUUUCUACAAGAAAAUUGCAGUAGCGAUUGACUGAAAGUGAAAGAAAAUAGAGAAAAAAUAUAAGAGUUUUAGAAUUUGUUGAUCGGAUUGAAAUUAGAUUAUUAUUUUAGUUUUUGUUGAAAAGAAAUUGAGUGAAAGAUGACUUUAGAGUCAUUACCGGGGAGUUCAGGGUAUUUAGAUUCGUUUCCGGAGAGGAGAAUGUCAUAUUUUAGCAGUACUUAUGUCUUAAGAUUAACUGUUAUUGCUGGCAUUGGUGGUUUACUCUUUGGCUAUGACACUGGUGUUAUUUCGGGUGCCCUUUUGUAUAUCAAAGAUGAAUUUGAGGUUGUCAAUCAGAGUAGCUUUUUACAGGAGACAAUUGUUAGUAUGGCCCUGGUUGGUGCUAUAAUAGGAGCUGCAUCAGGGGGUUGGAUAAAUGAUUCUUAUGGACGUAAGAAAGCUACACUGAUUGCUGAUGUCGUUUUUGCUGCUGGAUCAGCUGUCAUGGCUGCAGCUCCAGAUCCAUACAUUCUCAUCAGUGGUCGAUUUUUAGUUGGACUUGGUGUGGGUGUGGCUUCUGUUACUGCGCCUGUGUAUAUUGCUGAAGCAUCUCCGUCUGAAGUAAGGGGAGGACUAGUCAGCACUAAUGUUCUUAUGAUUACUGGUGGACAGUUUAUUUCCUAUCUCGUUAAUCUUGCUUUUACUGAGGUCCCUGGAACAUGGCGGUGGAUGUUAGGAGUUUCAGCUGUGCCAGCUGUGAUUCAGUUCUGCCUUAUGCUCUGUAUGCCAGAGUCCCCUCGAUGGCUAUUCAUGAAGGAUGAUAAAGAUGAAGCUAUUAUGGUCAUGGCUAAAAUUUAUGACCUUGAACGAUUGGAGGAUGAAAUCAAUCACCUUACAAAUUCUAUGGAGGAAGAAUUUCAGAAACAGAAUACUGUUCGUUAUUUGGACGUCUUCAAAUCAAAAGAAAUUAGACUCGCAUUUUUUGCUGGGGCUGGACUUCAGGCAUUUCAGCAGUUCACCGGCAUCAAUACAGUCAUGUACUAUAGCCCAACUAUUGUUCAGAUGGCUGGCUUUAAAUCGAACCAAUUAGCACUUCUCCUAUCCCUCGUUGUUGCUGCAAUGAAUGCUGCGGGGACUGUUCUUGGCAUUUACCUUAUUGACCAUUUUGGACGGACAAAAUUAGCUCUCUCAAGCUUAGCCGGUGUGAUUGUCUCUCUUUGCAUACUCGCUGGAUCAUUUUUUGGUCAGUCAUCUGGUUCUUCCGAUGAAUUCUAUGGAUGGGCUGCAGUUUUAGGGCUCGCUUUAUAUAUUGCUUUCUUUGCACCUGGAAUGGGACCUGUGCCAUGGACUGUAAACUCAGAGAUAUAUCCUGAAUCAUAUCGAGGGAUAUGCGGUGGAAUGUCUGCAACCGUGAAUUGGAUUUCAAAUCUGAUAGUGGCCCAAACUUUUCUUUCAAUUGCCAAUACUGUGGGGACUGGUACCACUUUCUUGAUUCUUGCCGGUAUUGCUGUUACUGCAGUGGUUUUUGUGAUUCUGUUUGUGCCGGAGACAAAAGGACUCACUUUCGCGGAAGUGGAACAAAUAUGGAAACAGAAAGCCUGGGGCAGUAGUAAUAACACAGAGAGCCUUCUUGAGCAGCAGGGAGAAUGAGAUUUGAUCUGCUCAGUAAGAUCAGAAAUUAAUAAUUUGAUGUGCUUGAAAAUGUAUAUGCAUGGACAUAUUCUGAAAAAUCUAGCAUAAUCUUUAAAUAUUUAAGGGUUUAGUACAUGCAGCUGGACCUGAAGCUUCUGGCUGCUGUGAUAGCCCUCUGUAAGUAGUGGCGGUUAUGACCAAGUUUCUUAGGGCUCUUUUUAUGUGGCUCCCUAGGAAAGGCAGUUCCUUUAAAACUAUGUAAUAUAAUAAUCUUCUUCUGUAUGUAAGUUGUUUUGAUCUCAAAGAGGAACUUCAAUGUUCUUGAAUAACUAAUAAGCACUAUGUAGCCUAAUUGCCUUGAAAACUAGGAAAUUAAAUUUUUACA